GCGGUCCCGGGCGCGCUCCGGCGAGGAUGGGCUGUUGCACCGGCCGCUGCACCUUGGUCUGCCUUUGCGCUUUGCAGCUGCUCGCUGCCUUAGAGAGACAAGUAUUUGAUUUCCUGGGAUACCAAUGGGCUCCCAUUCUUGCCAAUUUCCUCCACAUCAUCAUUGUGAUCCUCGGCCUCUUUGGCACCAUCCAGUACAGGCCGCGCUACAUUGUGGUGUAUGCCAUCUGGACAGCCAUAUGGGUCACCUGGAACAUCUUCAUUAUCUGCUUCUAUCUGGAGGUCGGCGGCCUGUCGAAGGACAGUGAGCUCUUGACCUUUAACAUCUCCCGACACCAAUCGUGGUGGAGUGAAAACGGUCCCGGCUGCGUAAGGAAGGAGACCCCCAUGAUGGGCAUCAAGGGCUUGGACAGCCAUUCCUAUGUCUCCGUGAUCGGCUGUGCUUUGGAGUAUCGCUACAUCGAGGUCAUGCACAGCGCAGUACAGAUCCUGGUGGCUUUGGUGGGCUUCGUCUACGCCUGUUAUGUUGUCAGUGUUUUUACAGAAGAAGAAGACAGCUUUGAUUUCAUUGGUGGAUUUGAUCCAUUCCCUCUCUACCAUGUCAAUGAAAAGCCCUCCAACCUUUUGUUCAAGCAGACAUACCUGCCUGCGUAAGUGAGAGGGAUCCAGAGGUGGGAUGGGGCAGAAGUCACAAGCUGCAGCAACGCUC